AUGGAAAACAUAAACUUUCAGCCGAGCGGGGAGGAGAUCGAACGAGCCUUGAUGGACCUGGGCCCCCUGCUCGGCGUCUCCAUCAAAGAGGAGGUCCCAGAGGAACUGACAGACGGUAGCGCACCGCCUGCAGUCUCGCUCAAUGUGAGUAGCACACCUGAUGGCGGGCUCGCUGGUGGCGGCGUCGCCGCCUCCGGCUGCCCCGAUGCCGCAGAGGCCGGCGACGCGGGCGCGCUGGGCGAGGUGGGCGAGGCCAGCAAGGCCGGGGCGGCGGACUCGCUGGCGUCGCCCGGCGCGUCGCGCGCGCCGCCCGCCGACACGCGCUGCGUGCUGUGCCACACGGUGCUCACUCUCGCGGAAGGCACGCCCAAGCUCAUGGAGUGCCUGCACUCGGCCUGUGAACCGUGUAUCAGAGCCAAGCUAGAAGAGAAGCAAGCCAGUUCAAGAGAUUUCUUAGGAGCAGAGCGGGUGACUAUUACGUGUCCCGCGUGUCGCCUGCAAUGUCAGGUGGCCAACAUGAUCGACCAACGCUUCGUACUUGAGAAAAUGGCACUGGAGCAAGCCGGCUCUAAUGGCGCGGGCGGCGAGCAGCAGUGCAACAGCUGCGAGGACACCGAGCCCGCCACCAGCUACUGCGUCGACUGCAACGAGUUCAUCUGUGACAACUGCGUGCACGCGCACCAGAGGCUGAAGAUCACCAAGGAGCACACCAUCAAGUCGCGGGACGAGGCGCUGGCCGAGCUGCAGGCGGCGGCGGGCGGCGCGCGCAGCGAGCAGGACAUGUUCUGCAGCGAGCACGUGCAGGAGCGCCUGACGCUGUUCUGCGAGACGUGCGACCGCCUCACGUGCCGCGACUGCCAGCUGCAGCACCACCGCGACCACAAGUACCAGUUCAGCACCGAGAUGGCGGCGCAGGCGCGCGCGCAGAUCUCGGCGCUGCUGUCGGAGGUCAGCUACAAGCGCGUGUUGCUGGGCUCCGCCAUGAAGGUCAUCCGCGACCGCCAGCAACUCAUCGCCGACAAGAAGAAGGCGCUGGUGCACGAGAUCACGCAGACCGUCGUCAAACUGACCAACGCCAUCAACACGCGCGGCAAGCAGCUCGUGCUGCGCCUCAACGAGGUCUGCGACGCCAAGCAGCGCACGCUCAGCGAGAAGAAGGACGCGCUCGAGCAACUGGCCGCCAUCACCGACCACUGCGUCGCCUUCGUCGGCCACUCCGUCGCCGCCGGCUCCGACACCGCCGUGCUGCACGCCAAGCGCGCCAUCACCGCGCAUCUGCAGCGCAUCAAGAGCCGCCGCGCCGACAUCCCCAACCCCGAGAUACCCGUGCGCAUCGCGCUCGCGCUCGACAAGCUGCCCGAGCUGUGCAAGGUGCUGGCCUCGCUCGGCGCCAUCGUCGUCGACGGCAAGCUGGACGGCGCGCCCGCCGCGCCCGCACCGCCCGCGCCGCCCGCCUACCCCGCGGCGGCGCCCAAGUGGCACAUCCCGCAGGACGGCGCGGCCGACUACAAGAUCACGCUGGGCCGCGCGCGCGCCCCGCCCGCCGUCACCUCCACCAACCCCAAGACGCCCAGCCCCAGCCUCAACGGCGGCGAGCUGGACAAGGUGUGCGCGGCGUCCGUGCAGGACCUCAUGGCCACCAUCGCCAAGCUGGACUCCAACGGGGUGCAGGUCGUGGCCGAGGCGGGCGAGCCCGCGCCCUCGCCCGCGCCCCACGUGCACUCGUCCACGGACGAGCCCAAGCCCGCGCCCGGCGACCCCAACGAGGACUGGUGCGCCGUCUGCAUGGACGGCGGCGAGCUCAUGUGCUGCGACAAGUGCCCCAAGGUGUUCCACCAGUACUGCCACAUCCCCACCAUCGACAAGCUGCCCGACGAGACGGAGACCUGGCAGUGCCUGCUCUGCGUCAACUUCGCGGAGCUGGCGCCCGGCGAGGCCGAGCGCGAGCGGCGCCUCAUGGAGCGCCUGACGCUGGAGCUGUACUGCCAGUACGAGCCCAGCCUGGCGCUGCGCGAGCCGCACGGGCCCGGCGGCAGCUGCCUGGACGCCAUCCGCGGCCGCCUGCAGCCGCGCAGCCCGCAGCGGUACACCCAGCUGGCGCACUACGUGGCCGACGUGCGCCAGCUCUUCCGCAACGUCUACCGCUACAACACGGCCGACAGCAGUAUCUACAAGGACGCCAAGCGGCUGGAGGAGUUCUUCGACGCGCAGCUACUGAAGUGGCUGCCGGAGUACGCGUACUGGUCGGGCGACGGCGAGCCGCCCAGCAAGCGCGCGCGCCCCGACCUCGCCCUGCCAGCGCCGCACUAG